AGUCACACACCCUGUUCCGACCUGCGAGACCUGGGAACAUCGAACAUCGACAUUCCUGCAAGACUACAUCCCAACGAAGCAACCGGCGAAAGACACCAGAUACUCAAAGCCAACCCUCAUCCGAAAGCUUACCUCGGCAACACUAUCAACAUGGAUUUCAGCGGACUUUCAGACAAGGACCGGUCGCGGAUGAAUGCGUACAUUGAACAAAAGCAGAUGAAGGACUUCCUCCGUCUGUACGCAAGUCUUGUCGACAGGUGUUUUGCCGACUGCGUGAACGACUUCACUUCGAAAUCUCUGAGCACCAAGGAGGACACAUGUGUCAACCGCUGUGUAGAUAAGUUCAUCAAGCACUCGGAACGUGUGGGUCUGCGGUUCGGGGAACAGAACGCUCUCCUGCAGCAACAGCAACAGCAGCAGGCUAUGAUGGGACAGGGAGCACCGCAAUAGACGUAGACGAGGAAUGGCUCAAGAACGCAUCGCGUCAAUUAGAAUCAACAUUUUCUUACAUAGAUUCACGACGCUUCAAAAUUCGCCUUGAGGACCACGUAGAUGCUAUUUUACUAGUUUUGGCGAUGAUCUUUCGUCUGUGGCAACGGGAACGGAAACCCUUGCACUGGAAAGGGCGUUUACUGUAACGAGGAAGCACUUCUCGUUUGUAUUUAUUCAAUUCACAUCUCAUUUGCAACUCCAUUGGAUA